AUGACGAAUCUGCUGCCGGACGACUCGUUCUCGCACCAGCCAGAUGGGAAAGUACCUCUUUCGCGCAAAGUAUGCAUUUUUAAAGCUGAUUGCCCGUGCACGGUGACGCUGAUUUCGACGAUGGACGAGACGGUGCUCGGCGUCACCUACACCGCCUAUACCCUCGAGUUUAAGUUUAUGCCGAUGGAGUCGCUAUUGUCAGAGCCGAAAACGUUCCGCAUUACUACCCGUUACAAGGAGGUCAACAAACUACAGGCCGCGCUCGCCAAAUUGCAUAAACAACUCUACCUCCGCGGCGCGUUCCCCAACUUCCCCCAGCCGAAGCUCUUCGGGAAGGCCGACGAGGCGGCUGUCGAGGAGCGGAAGAGGGCGAUUCUGCAAGUGUUCGAAUUCGUCGUCGACAGCGAGGUGUUGCGCAAGGCGCGCGUUUUGCACGAAUUCGUCCAGAAAGCGUCGGAAAUUGUUGACGCGGCGCCGACGAUCAUCACCCAGCCCCGCGUCACCCCCACUUCCACCACCCAGAUUGAUGACAUCUUUGAGGCACCCGUCAGCGGCCCCUCUUCCGACCCGACGGACGUGCUGGAGCCGAUUCGCGUCGACGAGACUGUAACGAAU